UGUGUAUUAAACUAAUUCCACGAACGAUUUAUUUGCACAACAAGCUAAAGGCGCUCUUAAGAGUGAGUGUCAAUAGUAAUGGAAGCAGCUAACGGGGAGGGGCAGGUACAGGUUCACCUAAAGACCAAACAAGAACAAUAUGCUGUGCCUGAUGUGCCUUACGCCAUCGAUGGCACGGUCGCCACCACGGAGCUAAACACGUUUAUCAAUGCGCUACUGCAAAACGCAACUCAGGUUGACUUUGAUUUUCUUGUAUUUGAUGAAUAUCUGCGUGGUCGUUUGUGCGAUCAUCUGAAGGAGAAAGCUAUCAGCUUUGAGGACGCCAUUGAGAUUGAGUAUGUUGAGCGUUUUCCGGCUCCAGAACCGCAGGAUUGUCUGCUGCACGAUGAUUGGGUGUCGGCGGUGAAAAUGAGAGGAAAAUGGAUUCUAACCGGCUGCUACGAUAACACCCUCAAUAUCUGGACCAACAAGGGCAAACAUGUGCUUACCAUACCUGGUCAUACGAUGCCUGUCAAGGCCGUCGAUUGGGUGUCUCUGGACAGUGAAACUGGUUGCUUCGUGUCUAGUUCACAGGACCAAACGGCCAUGUUGUGGCAAUGGAACAUUGGCUCGAAUGCUGUGGAGUGCGUGUCCGUCUGCAAGGGACAUGAGCGGGGCGUGGACAGCAUCAAUGUGAGUCCAGAUGAGAAACGAUUUGCCACGGGCUCCUGGGAUACAAUGCUAAAGUUGUGGUCAGCGGAGCUGGAAGAUGUGGGCGAGGGCACCUCCAAGCGUCUUAAGGAAAGCGGCACGAGAACCCCUCAAAUGACUCUACAAGGCCAUCGAGAGAGCAUUUCUUCCGUACAGUGGAUGGACAACACUACACUGCUCACAGGCAGCUGGGAUCAUACGCUCAAGGUGUGGGACCUGAAUCUGGAGGGCAUUAAGACAGAAAUAUCUACAAACAAGUCCAUUUUCGACGCCAGCUACUCAAAACUGAAUCGUCUUAUUGUUACUGCCUCGGCGGACAAAAAUUUGCGACUAUACGAUUCACGCAUUAAUCAGGGCUCUGUUGUACGCAACACAUACUUGGGUCACAAUGCCUGGGUGCAGACUGUUAUGUGGUCGACAACGGAAGAAUUUUUAUUUGUUUCCGGUUCCUAUGACAAUCAGAACAAGAUGUGGGAUUGCAGAAGUCCAAAGGCACCACUUUACGACCUGCUGGGCCACGGCGAAAAGGUGCUGGACAUUGACUGGUCCAAUCCCAAGUACAUUGUAUCCGGCGGUGCCGACAACACUGUCCGUGUUUAUAAGUCCCGUAAAGCUUUAGUAGAUGAUAUGGACACUAAGUAAACACCGAGAAACUUGUAAUGUAUUUACUUAUAGUGUAAUAUUAUUAAUAAACUUAAAAUACAAUUUC